AUGGAUGCAAGAACUAGAGCGUUCCAAGUCCUUAAACCAUCAUGCGUAGCCCUCAGUCAGGCUGCCCUGGCAUUGAGCAGUUCUCAAACUCAAAAAGACACGCAACUGGUAGUCGUUGGCUUAGAAGACCUCAAGGCGAGACUCUCUACUAUCAUUAGCCAUCCACACGCUCUUGAUGAAAAGCUAGCGGAAUACAUCUUCUUUCCUCUUUCGCAACUACUCAAGGCGAGUCGUAAUUGCUCCAUUCGAUGUCUAGAGCUGGUGUUUGAAUGUCUCGCUUUAAUCAUCCAGCAUGGUUGGAAGUCCAAAGUACAGCCGGAGUUGGCAGCUCAGUUGGUUAUACUUUGUACUUUGAUGGCAGACAAGAACCCGAAAGGCGUAAUACCCGCUGAGACUACCAGUGAAUUGCAGGUAGCAGCUUUCGCUUGCCUUUAUCGGUUAUUCGCAGUCCUCAGUCCAGCAUCCGCAAGCAGCGAUUUGCUUACGAAGGAGGCCAACAUACCGCAGUUAGGACAAACGAUCAGUGUCAUAUUGGACGGGAUACAGCUCGGAUCAUCACGAGACAUACAAACAACAGCUGCGAGGGCGCUCGAUGCGCUCGUGAGCAACGUUGCGAGUUCUACCAUAAAAACGGCUUUCCUGCCUGGCAUUGCCUCUAGGCUGACGAUUGUUCUUACACCAUCCUCGGAUCAGCGACGAGAUCCACAAUGUCUGAUCAUCUUGAUUGGAAUUCUCAAGGUUCUCAUAGACGAUCUGCUCUGUGAUGAGCCACCCGCAAAUACGACUGCAGCCAAGACUUUGACAGACUCAGGAUCCAGCAGCGCGAAGAAUCCUCUCACACCAAGCGAGCCUGACUGGAAAAAGAAAGCCUCGCAACAACUUGGACCAGCCAUUGUCAAGAUCAUGCGUCUUCGAUCUCACAGCAGGUCAGACAGCCUCGAUAACGCGGUCCUUAUCGGCCUCGAGAUGCUGGUCUUAAGGGAGCCUGCAUGCCUCGUCCUCCUACAGAAUGCCACCUAUAAUUGGAUACAACAUUUGCCAAUUCUAUAUCAGUCUGCUGAUGAACAAGCUAAAGCAAGUAAGAUGCGAGAAAUUGGCAUUGCCUACGGUCUGCUUGCCCGUAGCGAAAUGGACCUGAGCUGGCUCGAUAAGACCCUGACGGAUGCUCUGCGAGACUGUGUUGUCAUGACUCUUCAUCCAGGCUCAACCAAGCACGUCGAACCACUACUCGAGUCGCAAAUUCAUUCUCUCAGCAUCAUGGAUGGAAGCGAGGGGAGCAAGACAAUGCAAUACAAUUCACCUUUGAUCAAAUACGCGGCGCAGAGGCCAUUAUUAGAAUCGAUAUACAACGUCGCAAGGACAGUAUCGCCUUCAAUGUUAAAGUCAGGACUGGCUACAUCUCUGGUGCGCUCCUUGCCUGUGUCGCGCGGUGAUACUCAAAUUGCUGUGUUUUGGCUCGCGAUCACCACAAUAGAAGCUGCACUGGACAAGGAUCGAGAGGCCUCCGAACUGAUGUUGUACAUCGAUAGUAGGCCACCAGCUGCUUUGCGCUCGUUGGAAGAAAUGUAUUCGUUCUCCUUAGGCGUGCUCACAGACGAUAUUGAAGAAGCAUUCGACCCUCGCAUGCACUCUUUGGCACUCAGGACCCUUGGCAUGCAAGCUACACAACUCGCCGAUGAGUUUCGCCAUGAACUCAUUGACGCCCUGUAUCCUGUGUUGCAUGCCAUGGCAACACCGGAUGAACAAGUCCAGCAUGCUAGCUUGGUUACAUUAAAUUUGUUCACAAGCGCAUGCAAGUACGGAUCUGUCAAGGAUUUGAUCGUGCAUAAUGUCGACUACCUCACGAAUGCUGUGGCUUUGAAACUCAACGCAUUUGAUGUCAGUCCUCAAGCUCCACAAGUCCUACUAAUGAUGAUCAAAUUAGCUGGUCCAAGUCUAUUGCCAUACCUGGAAGAUACGAUCGAAAGCAUCUUUGCCGCUUUGCACGACUAUCAUGGCUAUCCAUUAUUGGUCGAGCUUCUGUUCAAGGUUUUGAGCGCGAUGGCAGAGGAAGGUGCAAAGACCCCCUUGCUUGCAAUAGAAGCUGGUACAGUAUUUGGCCGGGAUGAGAUAGGGACGAAAGAAAGUCGAUUGAUAGGCAUCACAGAUGUUGUCGAGUCCAUAAGAACCCGGCAUGAACUCCAAAAGAAUAAGAGCGAAGGUGUGAAAGAACCUCAUCCCAAGAAGCCCUGGGCCAGUGCAAAAGCGUCAAGUGAGGACAAUGCAGAUUCAGACGAAGAUAAUGAAGAACAAAAAGAAGCGAACGACAGCGAUGGCAAUCAAGAAGUACAAGCCGAUGAAGCGGACGCGCCUCCUCCGGCUCCACGAACGUAUAAACUCCUCCUCAAGAUUGCCGACCUCACACAGCAUUUCCUUCCCUCCGCCUCACCCUCCCUCCGCACCUCACUCCUGGGUUUGAUCAAAACCGCCAUCCCUGCCAUUGCGCGUCAUGAAAACUCUUUCCUCCCGCUGAUCAACACGCUCUGGCCAGAGAUUGUCUCCCGUCUAGACGACCCGGAAGCUCACGUCGUCGCCGCCACUCUCGACACGAUUGUGCUGCUUUGUACCCAUGCCGGCGAUUUCAUGCGCACGAGAAUCAUUCGCCUGUGGCCUGGACUCGUCGACAUCCACACCCGCACGGCCAAGUCGAUCCUCCAAAAUACUCGAAUCAAGGCCCCGGCAAUGGGCAGCCGACAAGAGAGCCAGAGGCCCGCCCCGUCGACUUCGCUCAUCCUCCGAUCAGAGUCCCUCGCGCUCGCUAUCCGCCGCAUGCGAGUUGCUCGGGCAGAUUAUGUAGAUGGCUCUGCUCGGGCAGUGUGGGAGGCGUUGGUACGUGCGCUCACAGCGAUGGUGGAAUUUACUGCUUUGUCGCCAGAGAUGUUUGAUGAGGCGCUUGCGAUGCUUGAACCAGUGAUUGAUGAAGAUCCUGAUGUUCGUAAAGCGCUGGACCGUCAGAACGCGGACGCGGUCUGGCUUGCGAGAGUGCGGAUGGGUUCGGAGAUUCCGAAACGAACGGGCCUUGCUUCAGGAGGCCAUCGGCGGAAAUUCCCAAGCAUCGUCCUGGGCAUGCACGGUGUGCGUACAUAG